UUUGUUUCAUGAUUGGCUGAAACUGCACGCUGCUGCCACAGCGUCAUAGAUGUAAGAGGUCAGCGUGGUUACAGCGAGUAACUCACAGUGCUGUAUAUUUAAGAAAUGGCGAGCUUGUGUGCGCGAGCAGUCAGACAGAGCUACUCACUUGUAGCCAAACCUGCACUAUCAAGAGCCUCCCCACGGUUGUUAUGCACAGCCAGUCAGCAGAAGAAGGAUGAGACUGACAAGCCGGAGCAGAGUGCAGCAGACACUCUCCUGGCCGAGGAGAAGGCCCAGCUGGAGGAACAGGUCAAGGACAUGACGGAAAAGUACAAGCGGGCCUUAGCAGACACAGAGAACCUCAGAACGAGGAGUCAAAAGAUGAUAGAAGAUGCUAAAUUAUACGGGAUCCAGGGCCUUUGUAAGGAUCUGCUGGACGUGGCUGACAUCUUGGAAAAGGCCACAGAGAGUGUGCCCAAAGAGGAAGUUACAAGCCAAAACCCACACCUGAAGAACCUGUAUGAUGGCCUGGUGAUGACUGAGAUCCAGAUUCAGAAGGUCUUCACAAAGCAUGGCUUAGCCAAGCUCAAUCCUGAUGGCCAGAAGUUUGACCCCUACGAGCAUGAGGCCCUCUUUCAUGCCCCUGUGGAGGGCAAGGAGCCCGGCACUGUAGCUGUAGUAACCAAAGUAGGCUACAAGCUUCAUGGGCGCACCCUCAGGCCAGCAUUAGUGGGCGUAGCUAAAGCUCCCUAGAAGUGAUUAUUUAACUGACCAAGUGGCAUUUCCUUUGUUGCCAGAGUAACAGAUGACCUCUGGGAUAGCAACAUGAAGGGUCAAAGAGACGGGAACCCAACUCAACAGAACUUUGUGUCUUGACAUUGUCCAUCAGUUUUUAACAGAUACAUUUACACCAACACUUUGUCUGGCACGGAACUGUCAACACUGUAGACUUUGGCCUUGUCAUCAGUUAUGCGAGUCAUUUCAGAGUAAGUUAUUGUCAGAAUUUAAUGAUAAUAAAAAAAAAACUCACCCAACCACUGGCAGCAGCUUUUAUGUCAACAUCAAUGAAUCUUAACUAAAAGAUAAAUAUGUUUCACAAAAAGUUUAACAAAUGAUCUAUACAUUUUUGGAGAAUUUGUUGUGAGCUAUAAUGAAUCCAUCCACAGAUUGAGUAGUGCUGAUUCUUUACUGCUGAUAUCAUUCCGGACUUUUGUUUAAAGCCCUAAUUAUCUUGAAAUGCACCUCUUUGGUUUUCUUGUUUGAGUUAAUAAUGUGAAUAGAGCAAGGAACAGUGAUGGAACUUGAUGACCUGAAAGGUUGUGAUUUAACUUGGUCAAAAUCUUUCUCUUCUUCAUGUGGUCAGGAACAGGCUUCAGUAAACCAGCCUCAGUAAAUGUAAUGUUUCUGUGCGAUGAUUUGGCUUUGUGGUGCCUGACAGUAAUGUUACAGCUUUAUCUGUAAAACUGCAUCCGAAUAAAAUGAUCAACUUUUGAAAGGUA